CGCCCGCGGGAUCUGACGUUGUCCCGGAAGUCUCGCGGGAGGAUCUGCCCCGGGGCGGAGCGGAAGCGGCCAGCAGGAGAGAGAGGAGAGGUAGCUCCGCGGAAAACGGCCGCGAGUGAGUUUCCCUCAGAUUAGUGACGUGUGGGGUGGCAGGAGAGUUGGGACAUCGGUGCUGCGCCAGGUGGCAUUGAAAAGACUAAAGCAGCAGAGGAGGGGUCAAUCCCCCGUGUAGAAAACCCCCUCAGGAAAGGGACGCUGCGGUAGCCAUGGAAGCCAUAGCAAAAUAUGACUUUAAAGCCACAGCCGACGACGAGCUUAGCUUCAAACGAGGUGAUAUUUUAAAGGUCUUGAAUGAAGAAUGCGACCAGAACUGGUAUAAAGCUGAGCUUAAUGGAAAAGAUGGAUUUAUUCCUAAAAACUACAUAGAAAUGAAGCCACAUCCGUGGUUUUUUGGCAAAAUCCCACGUGCUAAAGCAGAGGAGAUGCUUGGGAAGCAGAGACAUGAUGGGGCCUUCUUGAUCCGUGAGAGUGAAAGCGCUCCUGGGGACUUUUCUCUAUCAGUGAAGUUUGGCAAUGAUGUACAGCAUUUCAAGGUUCUGCGAGACGGGGCAGGGAAAUAUUUCUUGUGGGUGGUAAAGUUUAACUCUCUGAAUGAGCUGGUGGAUUACCAUCGGUCCACGUCUGUGUCUCGGAACCAGCAGAUCUUCUUACGUGACAUCGAGCAGGUGCCACAGGUACACGGGGGAGACAGAGCCACAAAUUUACCACAGCAACCUACCUAUGUUCAGGCACUGUUUGACUUUGACCCCCAGGAAGAUGGGGAGCUUGGAUUCAGACGAGGAGAAUUUAUCCAGGUGGUGGAUAACUCAGACCCUAACUGGUGGAAAGGGUCAUGUCAUAGCCAGACCGGCAUGUUUCCACGCAACUAUGUGACACCUGUCAACCGCAACGCGUAACUAGAGACUGCACAGGACCGGAAGCCAAGGAGGAGCACAGGCAGAUUUACCUGGGAGGGAGUGCGGGCUGAUUAGGAGGUCAUUGGGAGCCUAUAGACUAACUUUGGGGUGAAUGGACAAACGGACAGACUAAACAGAAGAGCAUGGACAGACUACUGACAGACCACAUAACAGUCCACUAAUUCAAGGGAGCACUCUAAUCUCAAUGAUUUCACCAGGUAUUGUCAGGUGACAGAAUAUCGGGAGGAAGAAAAGACUUGAAUGGGAGGGAAUUUGUCAUGGACUGACUGGUAGAAAUAUGGCAGAUGUGAUUUAGCGAGAUGGAUUUCUAAGAGAUCGGAAAUAGAUGUAGACACAGGCCUAAACAAAUAAAUACACAAUUGCCCCUGACGUGUUGGCCAUACCAGUUAUCUGUCUUUUUGCUGUAUGCAGUUGCUUCUCAACGUCUUCUUGAAGUGGGACUGGCCCCUUGGCUCCAUGUGGGACUUUUUUGGGGGGUGGGGAGGGCAGCGGGAUUCAUGAUCUGGUAGGCUCUAUGGGAGGGUUGGGGAACUUACAGAUAUUUGAUUUAGAAUGCCAAAACUUACCUUUAAAUUAAAAAGAGACUUUUUUUUUUUUUUUUAAAUUAACAAAUUCCAUUUACUGCUGCUGUUCCUUCCCUAUUUCGUUUCUUUUUACAUCUUUCCUCUUUAUCAUGCAUGUGUGUUUGCAACGCACUCAAUACAACACGCACCUGUAAAAUAAAAUGUACAAAAAUCCAGCCAUUUUCUUUCUAUGCAAAUCUUGGGCUCCUGAUGUCUUUGCAAGGAACAAAGAAGAAAGCCCUCAGCCUGCAGGUUAAUCCAGGUGGGUCCACUACUAGGACACACAGGGCUUUGUGUGGGGGUGGCACUUUUGUAUCUAUUCAGCUAGCCUACAUAAAACAGCCUUUUCCUAUGUUUCCUAACAUAAGUCUACAUGGCUUCAACAGAUAUAGGCAGAAUGCUCCUGUGCUUUGCGGGGAAGGGCUUACAACAUAAGGCUUUGUAUGGAUUGAUCACACACGUCAAGCCUGUGGUUGAUAAGGGCUUGUGCUGUACUGGUAUGCAGAUUACACUAAGAACUCUGAUAAGGAGAAAGGCUACACUUACGACAUAAGCAUUAAUAUUACUCGUUUGAGUAGACUUUCUCCUUCAUUUGUCAUCCUUAUACUUUAAGUAAUGAAACCAGUGGGAACUCUUCUGAAGGACAGUUGUUCUGAGCCACUGUUAAGUAAAGUGUCAAACAGGAGAAGGAUUCUGACCUGUAUGUAGCAUACACACAAUUUACAGACUAUCCAAGUUUUAAUAUGUCACAUGCAAAACAAAGCUCCAUGUGUUAACAAUUAAAGUAAUUCCAAUGAGAGAGCAAGGUUUGCUACGCUCUGCUUGUCAUAUUCAUCUUUACACUAUCAUUAUUGCAGUUACAAUAUGUACUGGUCCAUCUUAACACUCAGAGAGGGAUUACGAAUACAAAGUCUGAUCCGCUGGUAUUGGCGAUAACAUAAGAGGAUAGCAACAUUUAAGAGGAUUUUUUUUAAAAGAACAUCUUUUUUUCCCCCCUAAAGUAUUAAAGGGUUGGUUGGCCCCAUUGUAACAUAAACCCUACAAUGCAGAGGCCAUUGCUCUUUCUUUCCUUUCCUCUUGACCGUCUGUCUUGGUCAAUCGUUGUUUGCUGCCUUCAGGUCUAUGUGAAUGGGGCUAGGAACACUCUGGGACCAUAUGAUUGUGUAUUUGGGAAUUUGUGUAUAUCCUGCAUCCUUGCAGAUGAAUAAUGUGUGUGUAUAUAUAUAAAUAUAUAAAAUCAAAUCAGUGUUUAAAUAAUUAAGAACAGCUUCUGUAUUUAAUCCUCCAAAUGCAUAACUUGGUAGAUAGUUAUUAACUGUGAAUAAUAAUAAAAUUCAUGUGUAUUCUU